AAGUUGGAAAGACUAAGGCUCUCAAAGCAAUCACGAAAAUUAUCAUCGCGAAAAAUAUUUUCUUUGUAUCUAGCAUUGUUGAACUGUCUUUUCUGGAGUUCUGGAACCUAGCACCAUUAUUAUGUCAGGUGCUUAUGAUAAUGUUCGCGUAGGCAAGCUCAAACUGAAAGGAGCUGGCAAAUUUGGCACUUCUGGGUCUGAUGCCAGAGAAAGGCAAAAGAAAAGGAAGAAAGCGACUGUUGUGGUGGAUGAAGAUGCGAUUAGACACGGUGGAUGGUGGAAAGUGGAAGAGUUUUCUCAGAUAACUGGGCCUGUGGCUAUCGAACUAUUCCCUUUUUCUUACAUUAAGGCACUUGAUGACGGUAGUUUCACUCUUGGAGCACCCCAUCCGGAAGGAGAAGGACCUAAUCCGGAAGAGAUUCUCAUUGCUGUUAGAGUUUCGGACACAAAAAUCGCUCUAAAAUCAGGAUACGAUAAGUACCUUGCUGUAUCGGCCAGCGGCAAACUGGUCGGUAAAGCCGAAGCCAUUGGAUCUCUCGAACAGUGGGAACCUGUUUUCGAAAAAGGAGAAAUGGCCCUCGCGGCCAGUAAUCAGCGGUUUCUUACAUGCAAAAACGAAACGGAAAUCAUGGCUUCAAGCGACACGGUAGGCAUGGACGAGAAAGUGAAGAUUCGAUCAAACGCACAAAGAAGUGAAAAAACUACGGAUGAAGAGGACACCGAUGCAUCGCAAGUGGAACUGCAUUAUGUAAAGCAGUUCCAGUGUUUUCAAGACAAGAAAAUAAAACUGAAUCCAGGAGCGGUGGCUGACCUUGAAACUGCCAAGAAAGAAGGAAACGUGCACGAAACUAUGUUGGAUAGGAGAGAAAAAAUGAAAUCUGAUCGCAUGUGUAAAUGAGCAAUCUAUUUUGUUAGGACUCAUGAUAUUGUAGUUUCAGCGAUAGAAAUGGUCAGGAAAGCACUAUCAUUUGACAUUUUGCUAUUGAUUUACAUGACACUGGGAACGAGACGGAUUCACCUUCAAGGUUUUUUAUUAAUCAAAUCCAGAAUACUGUUCAGCUCGUCUUUUUGACUCUGAAACUUCAGCUGUUCUCGCCGCCACGCUUCGAUGCUUCUUUUGUAUAAGCCCAGAUUAAGUUUGGGUAAAAGGAA